AUGAGCAAGCUCGUUACCUCCGUGGCCGUGCUGCAAGCCGUCGAAGACGGGAUUCUGGACUUAGACGCAGACGUGAAGCCAUUGCUGCCCCGGAUAGGGGAGUAUGGCAUCAUCAGCGGCUUCGACGAUGAUAGUAACUCUGCGCAGUUCACGGCUAACUCUCAACCCAUUUCUCUUCGCAUGUUGCUCUCGCACACGUCAGGCCACGAAUACGACUGGCUCAAUCCACCUCUAGGCAAGUGGCGGGCGUCGCGCAACGAGGAGCCAUGGACCGGCCCGACCGUCGAGCACAAGUCUGUCCUGCCUCUCGUCUUUGAGCCCGGGACCUCUUUUGCUUACGGAGCCGGGCACGACUGGGCUGGCAAGCUUCUCGAGGUCGCUGCGAACACCACUCUAGAGAAGUUUAUGCAUGAGCGAAUAUGGAUCCCACUUGGAAUCGAGGACGAGAUCAGUUUUCACCCUGAGACUAAAGAAGGCAUGAAGGCAAGGAUGGCUCAUCUUAGUUCAUUGAACGAAAAAGGCGAGCCGCCAGCUGUUGAUGCUCCCACAUUCGAUAUCCUCUUUGGAGGUACUGAUUGUCUUGGCGGAGCCGGUCUCUUCGCGUCCCAGAAGGGAUAUCAGUCCUUCCUUUCCGCGGUUCUCCGUCGUGAUCCCAAGAUUUUGAAACCAGAGUCGUAUACAGAGCUCUUCCGGCCGCAGCUCGACGAAAAAUGUGAGCAGGCGUUCAACGAUUAUGUAGCACUCUCUCCCGCGCACACCAUGUUCCUGGGCCUUGGGAUCCCGACCACGGUCAGAAAGACAUGGUGUUUUGCAGGUAUGGUGGCAAAGCAGGGUCAAGAAGGCAGAUUCCGGCCAGGAACAACUCUUUGGGCUGGAGUUCCAUGUGCUGUUUGGUUCAUUGACCAUGAGGCUGGUAUAUGUGGGACAGCCAUGUGCCAAAUCCUCCCUCCCAUGCACCCUGCAGUGGUGGCUCUGCAUGAGAAAUUUCAGAGUGCUGUCUUUGCAGAGGUUAGUAGCAAGGCCAAAUAG